AAUUCUCAACAGCGGUCAGUUGCGUUAAUGAUAUGCUCGUAUUCACUGAACCGAGGAUAUCAUUGUCAGGUAAAAUUUGCAUUCAAACAAAGCGUGGCUCCUUAUACUGAGUGAGGGAUAUUAUUCUGAUUGUUUUGUUUCUUUGAAAGAGGAUUCAUUGUGUUAAAACGAGAGAAAAAAAAUGGAAGAUUUGAAAUUUAGCCGGAUUUUCAUUAUUGCAUUAGGUAGCAUAUUAUUUUUACAGACUGUUUAUGGAAAUGACUUGGUUAGCUGGUACUAUCAUUCUAGAUCGUACAGUCGGUUGUGUUAUUGUUCAAUUUAUCUCGACUCAUGUUAUCCUAACGGGUGUGUGUCGGACGGGGGCUGUAGCAUACCUCUACCUAAAAACUAUAUAGCCCAGUAUCUACACGGGAAGACCAUCACGAUUGAUGGGAAACUUGAUGACCCUGCUUGGGAGGAAGUGCCCUGGUCUGCUACAUUUGAUGAUAUCCGUGGUACUAGCUUUCCAAAGCCCAGACUCAACACAAGGUUCAAGCUGAGAUGGGAUGACAACAACCUGUAUGUUGCUCUUCACAUGAAGGCAAAUAACAUGUGGGCAACGAUGACAGACGACGAAUCCCAUCUAUUCAGAGAAAAUGCAAUAGAUUUAUUCUUCGCUCCUGACGAAACAUUACACAAUUAUAAACAAAUUGAAGGAAACGUACGAAAUGCCACCUUCGAUAUCAGCCUCUCAAAGGCGUACAUGGAUGGGGGCAUAGCUAAUGAAGCGUGGGAUAGUAACGAGGAAAAAGGGGUCACGCAUGAUGGGACGAUCAACGACCCCGAAGAUCCGGGUAGUUUCUGGACAACAGAAUGGGCGUUACCGUUCAGAUCCCUUGCAGAACGGUCUACAAGAAACCAGUCUAUGCCAUUCGAUAAUGAAGUAUUAUUCCUGCAGUUUGCCAGGAUGAAUCAGCAUUUGAAAGUCAUACGCCGAACUUACGAACUGGAGAAUCCUGCUGAAACAGAUUGGUGGACAUGGGAACCUAUGGGGGCCAUCAACCUCCAUGUGCCAAGUCGAUGGGGCCUUGUGAUGUUUUCAAGAGACAUGAAAAACAAAGUGUUUUCUUUUCCAAGAUGGCACAUCUAUAAAACGCUGUUCGCCAUUUUUGAUGCAUUACAGCAAUAUAAAGCCAUGAACGGUGUUUACAGCUCACAAUUAAAUGAAAUUCCGGUACCUCGUCACGUGUACAAGAGGCGCUGCAUUUCACUCCCGAUCAUAGAGAUUCUCAGCAACGGCUUCGUGGUGACGGUGAAAUCUCGCAUAACAGGCGAGACUGCAACUAUAGCACAAGACCGCGGCGUCACAUUCUACUAAACGUCACGUGUACCAAUGACGUCACCAUUUGGGUUAUAACAUAUCUAAUACCAACAGUUAAAUACGUAUGGAUAUGCAUUGGUUCAUCAAUAUUAUAUAUCUUAUAAAUGUCACUUUUUAAAUGUUUAACGUUCUAUUUAUUUUCAACGAAGAAGUUAUUUCUGAAGCAGAUGAAAAUCAAAAAAGAUAGUUCUUUGUGUCAGAUUAAAGUUUUAAAGGAUAAGCCAAGCCUAGUUCCAAGUUACUCUAUAGGAUUAAAGAACGAUAACUCUUAUUACUCAAAAAACUUAUUACGAUUUUGAACAAUCAAAAUUGCGUAAUAAUGAAGUUAGAAAAUGAUAAUUUCUUUCAAUUUUCAGACAAAUUUCUUACUUCCAUUUAAGACUUUAAAAUGUCGUUUAUUCUCAAUAUUCAUAAUGAUAACACCAUCGUUCAAAUUGAAAUUAUCAAAAUAUAUUUCUGGGUCAAGGUUGUUCAGUUGUCAUAAUAUAUAGAUACGAUAGAAUAUGGAUGACUGUGAUUGGUUAAAAAGCAGAUGUUUAUUUCUGUAAUUGAUGACAUUAAUACUAAUUAACCAACACUUGAAAUAACAUAAUUGAUUUACAUCUAAAGGUGUGUUCGAUCUCUUGAAGUGUGUGAAAACAAGAUUCUUUUUAAAUGAAAAAAGUCGAAAUGUUUUUUUUUUUUUUGUAGGGAUAUAAAACCUCAGUAUUUCCGCCUGUGAUAUACUACAAAUCGUGAUGUUUGGUAUCAAUGUAUCAUCAAUUUUAAAUAACAAUGUUCCAACUCGAGUAGAGGAAUCAUUUUCGAUAAUAAUUUUCUCCCUUUUGUUUUGUUUUUUGUUUUGCUUUUUUUGUCGAUAGUGUGAUUAAAAAUGUUUUGUUUUUUUUGCAAGAAAAUCAAGAAUUUAUAACGCGCUUUGUUCAAUUCCUACAUGUACCAAUGACUUAUUUAUUCAAAUUCUACCGUAUAUGCACGUUACUAAUUCUAUAUGGACAUAAAUUGUAUUUCCUUCAUUCGCGAGUUACUUCCCUUCUAUCGCAUACUAGGAGAUUUUUAAAAUUUUAUUAUCAAUUUUUUUAACAAUUUGAGUAUAAUGUAGCCAAACUUAAUACCGACUGAUGUAUAAUUACAUAAUUUCUUGUUAUUUUAUUCGCUACAUAUAUGGUUUUAGUCAAGAUGCACAAAGCCCUGGUUUGUUUAUCUGAAAGCAAAUGGUGGUCUCUGAAUCACAACUUAAUGAAGUUAUAGUCUAUACAAUAUGUACAUACAUAUUAACAUAUUUUUUGAUUUAUAAAUAUUUUUUCUACAAAGUUUGUCAACAUGAUUUACUAAUAUUUAAUAAAAAUAAAGUUCUCUGGACAAAA